AUGCCACCCCACUCAACAAUCCACAACACCAUCACCAGCCUAACCACCGGCCCCCCUCUCGUCAUCGCUAUCAUAGGCGGAACCUCAGGCAUCGGAUCCUACAUCGCCAAAGCCUUCGCCUCCGUUUACCGCAACUCAAAUUCCAAACUACGCAUCUACAUCGUCGGCCGCAACGCCUCGCGCGCAGAAGCUCUGCUUGCAGAAGUGCGCGCCACAAGCCCAGAUUCAGAAUGGCGAUUCAUACAAGCCCAUGACCUGGCGCUGAUGAGCGAUGUCGACACCAUAUGUGCGCAAAUCAAGAAGUAUGAAGAAGAGCAGCCAUUGAACGGGGGAGAACCGCGGAUAGACAUGCUAUACAUGACCCAAGCAGAGUCACCACUUGCGCCAUCACCGCUAACAAAAGAAGGCCUCGACACCCAAGUCUCUCUCCUAUACUACUCCCGCAUCCGCUUUAUCCUCGCCCUUACACCCCUACUCCUCCGCUCCCAAAACCCAAGCGGCGCCCACGUCAUCUCCGUCUUCGCAGGCACAAUCGAAGACCCCAUUUCCCCGUCUGCCCUUCCAAUCGGCCCACCGACGCCGGAAAAGCACGGCGUGACAUCGGUCCGCACGCACGUCGCUUUCAUGAAGACCUUCAUGUUCGAGGCCCUAGCUGAAGAACACGCUGACAGGAUCGCUUUUGGCUGGUUGACGGUCCAACGUUCCUUAGUAAAGUAA